AUGGUGGCAGGUGUACUCCGAAGGGCGGAACCCGAUCUUCGCGAGGAUCAGUUGUUGAUGCGCGCCCUGCGCCAGAUCAACCUACCUAAACUUGUCGUCGAUGAUAUUCCACUUUUUUCAGGUCUCAUCACGGAUCUUUUCCCGGGAGUUGAACAGGAAUUGACACAACUAGACUCCCGUCUAGUCUCUGCUAUCUCAACAUCAAUGCUUUCUCACGGUUACACAAUUGUGCAGGACCAGAUCUUAAAGGCUGUCCAACUUCGCGAUACUCUAAAAACUCGCCACUCCGUUAUGGUAAUUGGGCCGACUUGUGGUGGCAAAACAGUCGUAAUCACGAUGUUUACGAAAGCCCAGAAAAAGUAA